GUUAUAGCUCUGCUUAAUAGUGCACCAGGAAUUGCACUAUAUUGUUUGAAGUGAAGCUUUGGUUCGCGGUAAAAUUCAGGCGACGUUAUCACGAAGAGUGCAGGGCACGUGUUGGGAUAAGGGUCCUUGGUGGCCCGGAAGCAGGAGGAGGAAAUAUGACUGACUCCACUUAUGACUUCGGCGCGGUCAGAGACGACCUCACGCCGCUUGAGGAUGACUGCAAGCUACUCGGCAGCCUGCUUGAUGAGUGCUUGCGGGUGGAGGUCGGCGAGGAGUUGUUCAAGAAGAUCGAGCGGAUCCGCACGCUCGCCCAGUGCGCAUGCUCCCUGUCCCUCAAGGGCGACUCGACCUCCUCCUCGCUGCUCUCCCAGCGCCUGGCGGAGGAGCUGAUGCACCUGGACAUGGAGCAGGCGGUACCGCUCACACGCGCGUGCGGACACUACCUCAACCUCAGCGGCAUCGCGGAGCUGCACCACGGUGUCCGCCGCGCCCGCUCCUCCCGUGACCCGGGCAACGGCUGCGACGCGGUGUUCUCGCGGCUGAUCAGCGAGGGGGUGGACCCCGAGGCGCUGUACCGGGCGGUGUCCGAGCAGCAGGUGGAGGUGGUGCUCACCGCUCACCCUACGCAGGUGAACCGGCGCACGCUGCAGUACAAGCACGCGCGCAUCGCCUCGCUGCUGCAGCAGCACGACCGGUCGGACCUGACUGCGGAGGAGCGGCGCAACGUGGUGUGCGAGCUGCAGCGCGAGGUGGCGGCGCUGUGGCAGACGGACGAGCUGCGCAGGCAGAAGCCCACACCGCUGGACGAGGCCCGCGGCGGUCUUCACAUCGUGGAGCAGUCCCUGUGGGCCGCCGUACCGCAGUACAUGCGGCGACUGAGUGCGGCGCUGAAGAAGCACACCGGGCACGACCUGCCGCUGCAAGCCACCCCCUUCCGCUUCGGCAGCUGGAUGGGCGGCGACAGGGACGGCAACCCCAACGUGACGGCGCGCGUGACGGCGCACGUGACGGCGCUGGCGAGGUGGAUGGCGGCGGACCUGUACCUCCGGGAGGUGGACACGCUGAGGUUCGAGCUCUCCAUGAGUCAGUGCAGUGCCGCCGUGUGGAAGAUGGCUCGCCGCAUCAUCAGCGAGGGUCACACGCGCAAGGCGGGAGCCGUACGGGCCCGGCAGGCAGCCGAGGCAACACAGGACGCAGCGGACGCAGCAGCGCAUGUGGGCGCCUCGGUAGCUGCGGCCACCGCAAUCGCCGCCGCCGCAGCAGCAGCAGCAGCCACCAACGGCACCGCUGCUGCCGUACGAUCUGCCCGCCGCCGUACCGCCGGCGCGUCUUCCGACGGCGGUCCUGGUGUGUUGGGCGGCGGCGAGGGCGCUGCGUUCCCCGGGGGUAUGAUCCUGGGCACGCAGCCGGUGUCUGCGCACACGGCGGCUGAGGUGUCGGUGCCGCAUGAACUGCCCGGACAGGAUGUGGAGGGCGGCUCGGAGUUCGACUUCAUCAUGUCCGCCCGCAACUCCGAGUCGGGUGAGGGUCAGCUGCCCGCCACCUCCCUCACCCACCCGCCCUCCCUCACCCACCCGCCCUCGCACCCCAUACUGGACGGACCGCUGGAGGGCGCCCUGGACACCGCCCAGCCCCCGCACCUCCCGCCCGCCGCCGCCAUCCCAGAUACCCCCGUCGCCGCCGCCUCCAUCGCCACCACCACCACCACUCCCGCUCCCCCGCUUCCGGCGCUGCAGCACACCCGCGCUCCCGACCCCGACCGCCCCGUAACGCCGGACGCCUGCCCCGGCACGCCGGAUGCCGUACAGGGGCCCUCCGCCGCCUCCGCCUCCGCCACCACCGCCGCUGGGCUGCUGCUGUCGUCGCCCUUCAAGGACGCAACGGAGGCGCAGGAAGACGGUGUUGCGGGUGCUGCUGGGGCCGCUGCUGCGGACGGCGCCGUGCGGGCGGGGUCCCCGCCGCCUCCGGCGCUGCCUAACGGCGUUGACGGAGGUGUGGGAGUGGGUUUGGGUGAGGUGGACCGCACCAUCAGCUGCGGCUGCGACCCCACCCUGAUGCGCCGGAGCCUGCUGGCUCAGCGCACGGGGACCACCGCGGCGCAGUUCGCGAGGGCGCACGAGCACCCGGGCUUCCACCCCUACCGCAUCGUGCUGGGGCAUGUUCGCGACCGCCUAGCCGCCACCCGGCGCCGCAUGGAGGACGUGCUCAGCGGCCGGGAGCCCGCCCCGCCGACCCACGGGUCGGGCCGCCCCAUGUGGUACGAGCACGAGGACGAGCUGGCGGAGCCGCUGAUGGCCUGCUACUGGUCCCUGUGGGAGUGCGGCGGCGGAGUGAUCGCAGACGGGCGGCUGCUGGACCUCAUCCGCCGCGUAUACACCUUCGGCAUGUGUCUCAUGAAGCUGGACCUGCGCCAGGAGAGCAGCCGCCACGCGGAGGCGCUGGACGCGGUGACUCGCUACCUGGGCUACGGGGCCUUCCUGGAGUGGAGCGAGGAGAGGAAGCUGGAGUGGUUGACCGGGGAGCUGCAGGGCCGGCGUCCGCUCAUCCCCGCCGACAUGCCCAUGAGCGGCGAGGUGGCGGAGGUGCUGGAGACGUUCAAGGCGGCUGCGCGGCUGGGCCGGGGCAGUCUGGGCGCCUACGUGAUCAGCAUGACGCGCGGCGCCUCGGACGUGCUGGCAGUGGAGCUGCUGCAGCGGGAGGCCAGGAUGCAGGUGUCCGCUGAGCUGGGUCGGCCGCUGGACGACAGCGCGGCGCUGCGAGUGGUGCCACUGUUUGAGACACUGGAUGACCUGGACGCCUCGGGUGACAUCGUUACGCGGCUGCUGUCCAACCCCUGGUACCGGGCCCACCUGGCCGCUGCGCACGACGACCACCAGGAGGUGAUGCUGGGCUACAGCGACAGCGGCAAGGACGCGGGACGGCUGGCAGCCAACUGGGCGCUGUACAAGUGUCAGGAGCGCCUGGUGGCCCUCUGCAAGGCCCACGGUGUGCGUCUCACCCUCUUCCACGGCCGCGGCGGAACCGUGGGUCGCGGCGGCGGCCCCACCCACCUCGCCAUCCUCUCCCAGCCGCCCGGCAGCGUGGAGGGCUCCUUCCGUAUCACGGAGCAGGGCGAGAUGGUGCAAGCCAAGUUCGGUAUCAGCGGAGUGGCGCUCGGCACGCUGGAGACGUACACCACUGCCGUACUGCUGGCCACGCUGCGACCGCCCAGUCCGCCUCGCCGGGAGGAGUGGCGCGCGGUGAUGGAGAUGUUGAGCCGUGUGAGCUGCGAGAGCUACCGCAAUGUGGUGCACCACAACCCGCUGUUCCUGCAGUACUUCAAGCAUGCCACUCCGGAGGCGGAGCUAGGCAACCUGAACAUAGGCUCCCGCCCCUCCCGGCGUCGCGCCGACCCCUCCAUUUCCACCCUGCGAGCCAUCCCCUGGAUCUUCGCAUGGACCCAGAACCGCCUCAUCCUGCCCUCCUGGCUGGGCAUCGGGGCGGCGCUGCUGGCGGCCAUGCAGCAGGGCCACCUGCCCACUCUGCGCGACAUGUACCGCGAGUGGCCCUUCUUCACAUCCACACUCGACCUCAUCGAGAUGAUCCUGGCCAAGACGGAGCCGCGCAUCGCCGCGCGCUACGACGCGGUGCUGGUGGAGGACCCGGCGCAGCGGCGGCUGGGGCAGGAGCUGCGGGAGCGGCUAGCCAGAUGCCAGGGCGCACUGCUCAAGGUGACGGGUCACGAGCAGCUGCUGGCCAGCAACCCCACCCUGCGCAGGCUCAUCAACAUGCGCAACCCCUACAUCGACCCCAUCAGCGUGCUGCAGGUGGAGGUGCUGCGGCGACUGCGCCAGGACCCCGGCAACACGCGGCUGCGGGACGCGCUGUUGCUGUCCAUCAACGGCAUCGCGGCGGGCAUGAGGAGGAGGAGGAGGGAGAUGGGCGUAUAUUAAGGCCACCAGGCCAGGGCGCUGGAUCCUGUUGUAUAGGAGGAUGGUGUAAAAGUGUGAGAGAGCACGUGUUGGUGUCGGUGUCAGUUGGGAUGCGAAAUGUCUCGGAAUUGGGAAGAUGCGGGGAAAGGCGGCGGCGGCGGACAAAGGUGUGAGGCACUAAUCCGCUGGACUACCGGUACUGUAUGUUGGGUAGAGGAGAGAUGGAACGCUUUGGUAAUUCUUGCCGAGUUGAAAUUGUACUGCACACACACGGCAUUUGUACCCUAAAUGUGUUGCUACGGUUCAUGACGGUAAGCGCUGUCGUACUCAAAUGCGCAUGGAACCUUUGCGCGCGUGUUGCGGUGUCUCCGGCGUGAGGCUCUUUGUGCGGGCUGUCCUGUAGUCGUAUGAGGGCAGGAGGGGUGCCGGUCGGACGCUCCCAUGCGACUGCGACUGUGAGCUGAUGUCCCGCAUGAGGGCUGUAAACCUGUAAUGAGCUAUGCAAUCGGCGCUGUGUUGAGGACUUGCGCGCAUGUAUUGGUAAGGAUUGGGGGUUCCAUACCCGUGUUCCCUUUUGGGGGAGCAUUGUACCGUUGUAACGGUCAUGAAUGAAA